AAUGGUUGGGGAGAAAUGCAUGACAGAAGCCUGUGGUUCUUUAGUGAAGAAUAGAUAACUUUCUGGAAGUGGUGUCAUCUGGUAGCAGCAAUUUCAGGCUGCCACAAGUAAGAGAAAGCUUUGCUCAGAGUCUGGUGUGUAUUCAAAAAUGUGCGGCAAUAGAGGUGGUGGUGUUCAAUAAAAGGCUAAUGGAUUUUAUAUAAGGACAGAAAUACAGUUAUAUAAUUAGUAUGAUAUUUAGAAGGUGAUUUUCUGAUGUUAAAAUAACAGAAUAUGACUAGUCAUAAACACUGAUGUAGGAACAAAUUAUUUAUUUCUCAGAGCUUAUGACUCUUACUCUAACCUUCGAAGUCUAAAAGCUGAAUUUCUGUUUUGGACUAUGUAUCAUUGAUUCAGAUGUUGGCUUUGUCACAUACAAGGUGCUUCCUAAUGUACAUACCCACUUGGGAUCAAUGACUCUUCUGUCCAUCAAACUGGGUAUGUCUUUGGUUUCUCUCUGGCCUUGCCACUGAACACAGUGUCCAGCGUCCAUUCACAGCCUGGUCAGUUACUGUAGUUACAAGAGAGCAGGAGCAGUGUGAGAGUAAAGUGAAAGUUUAUUUUAGGAAGCUGAUGCUCCUGCUUCCACAGAGAGGAAGUUAGUGUGCCAAAACCCUUUCCUAUUCCUGCUACUUUACUUGGAUUAUUAAGUGGCUGCCCCAUCUUUAGACAGACAGAAGGGGUAUGGUAGUGCUCUUUAGGUUUUAAGGCUGAGGGGAUGGGCCUUACAAAUGAGGCAGUCUUGUAUAAGUCACCUCUUCUCAAAGCACGGUGCAAAGGUGUAUGGUGGGACUUGCUGCAUGACAUGGUGUCUGCACCUGGUCAGACAAGUUUUGUCAGAUGGAGCAGGAUGUGCCCAUCAUCCAGGGCAAAGUCUGUUGUGGGAGGAAAUGUAGUAUUCAGUGACUCACUUCGUAAGGUUAGACACUUUGCUUUUCCCUCCGCAGAGUUAGUCCUUGCCCAUCCUCCGUCAUCAGGAAACAUGAUCCGUCUUCAGUCUGGUGCAGAGUGGGAAGUAGUGCCUCUUGUCAGCAGUGACCUCGCUGCCCGGGCUGCCUGCCAGCGGGGUCGCACGUACGCCUGAGCCCAGCGCGGAGCGGCGGCCGGCGGCGGGCUGUGCUUUGAGCGCUGAGCCGGCGCCUCCUGUGCCUGCGCACCCCCGAGGAGCCCGGCAGCUGCGCGUCCUCCCCGGCACGCCCGAGGUGCGUCCGCACUAUUGCCGCCGUCGGGCGACCCCGCCGUGCCGCUUCACACAGCGGGGCCGGGCACCGUGUCCCCUGCGAUGGCAGCCGGCUCGGGAGCGCGCACCGCUCUGCCAGGGAGCGGCUCCCGAUCCCGGGGGCACCGGCGCGAGAUCGCUGGUCCCCGCCUGCUGAAUGCGCAUGCGCGUGCCCGCCCCGCUCUCGCGAUACCCUCCUGCGCGGGGUUGACGGCGCGCGCCGGAAGGGCUGCGGCGCGCGCGCGCGCCGGCCGUGCCCGCGGGCGCUGGAGGGCGCGGGGGAUGUCGGCCACGUGCGCCGUGUCCCGGAAAGCGCCGCUACCAAGGCCGCGUCCCCAGGGCGAGAGGGAGCCGCGCGCCAAGGUGAUGCGCAGGGGGCUGCGGCGAGGCAGAGAGGAGGAGCGGGAGCAGCUGCCGUGGCCGGGAGAGAGCACGAGCGGCAUGGGCGCGGAGGCCGAGGCGGAGCGGGCGGCACCGCUGGGCGACGAGCGGUGGAGGCGGCAGCUUUUAGAGCCGAGGGCGCUGACGACGGCGUCGGCCAGGGCGGUGGAGGAGGAGGAACGUCUGGAGAGGGAGCAUUUUCGGAGGAUCAUCAACGCUUUCCGAUAUUACGGAACGAAUAUGCAUGAACGAGUGAACAGAACAGAGAGACAGUUUAAGUCUCUCCCAGCUAACCAGCAGAGUCUUCUUCCUCAAUUUCUCCCUCACCUUGACAAGAUUCGGAAGUGCAUUGAUCAUAAUCAAGAAAUACUACAAACCAUUGUGAAUGACUGUGUUCAUAUGUUUGAAAAUAAGGAAUAUGGAGAAGAUGGAAGUGGGAAGAUUACACCAGCUUCAACAUUUGACAUGGAUAAAUUAAAGUCCACAUUGAAACAAUUUGUGAGAGACUGGAGUGAAGAGGGAAAGUCUGAGAGGGAUUCCUGCUACCAGCCAAUUAUUAGUGAAAUUAUAAAGAACUUUCCUAAAGAAAGAUGGGAUUUCUCCAAAGUUAAUAUCCUGGUACCUGGUGCUGGGCUAGGUAGAUUGGCGUGGGAAAUAGCUAUGCUCGGUUAUGCUUGCCAAGGAAAUGAGUGGAGCCUCUUUAUGCUCUUUUCUUCUAACUUUGUACUCAACAGAUGCUCUCAAAUUAAUUCAUGUAAGCUUUAUCCCUGGAUUCAUCAGUUUAGCAAUAACAGAAGAUCUGCUGAUCAGAUACGACCAAUUUAUUUCCCAGAUGUUGAUCCUCACAGUCUUCCUUCUGGUUCAAACUUCUCUAUGACAGCAGGGGAUUUUCAGGAAAUUUAUUCUGAGUGCAAUACGUGGGACUGCGUAGCAACUUGCUUUUUCAUAGAUACUGCACAUAAUGUUAUUGAUUAUAUUGAUACUAUAUGGAAAAUUCUUAAGCCUGGAGGAAUAUGGAUAAAUCCAUUUCUGUUGUGUUUUUGUACUUCAGGUCCUCUCCUUUACCAUUUUGAAAACUUGGGAAAUGAACUCUCCAUAGAAUUAAGCUACGAGGAUAUAAAAAAUGUUAUCCUGCAAUAUGGAUUCCAUAUAGAGGUGGAGAAAGAAUCUGUACUGUCAACUUACACUGUGAAUGAACUCUCCAUGAUGAAAUACUACUAUGAAUGUGUGUUGUUUGUGGUGAGAAAACCAGAAUAGUAGUGGUUUGAAUAGGAUAAUGAGACAAUAAUAUUCGCUUGAAAGCUAGAAAUGAGAGUAAAAUCAUCUGGUGAUGUAUGGACACAACCUCAAAUCAGUGGUGCCUUCUUGUUCCUAAGAGGAUAUAGAUAGUGUCUAUUUUCUUAAUAUCUCUAUUGCUAUUCAGACAUAUACUAUACCAUGGAUAUUUGUAAUACACUUGUGAAAGAUUAAAUGUUCGUAUGCACUGUCUUUGUGCUUAGGAAUGCAUUAAAUAUAAAAGCAAAAGUGUUUUCUUGAGAACAAAAUUUAAUGUUCGCCAUAACUAGGCUAAUUCUCUGCUAAUGCUGCCUCAUUUUUCAUAGAUUUAUAGUGGUUUUUUUUCCUACUUGAUGAUGUUAGGGGAAUGCAUGGAAGUGCUUACUGUACUAGCUGUAUCACUUUUAGAGAAGUAUUUGUAAAUGUAUACUUAAAUUAUGAAGUCUGAAAUGGUUGGAAAGUGGUAAAAUUAUUCUUGAACAGGUAAAUUAGUCAUCAGAACUGUUAGAGCAUUUCCUGUGCAACUGAAGUAAAAUAGGAUAUUAUACAAAUUCUGGUCUUUGGCUGUACUACUGUUAAAGGUUUAAUCAAAAACCAGAACCAUAGGAAAUUAGAAAUGCUACAUUGAAAGCAGAAUACAGAGUGAAGAAAAAGCAGACUAUCAGAGAGAAGCAGACUGUCACAGAGCAGCAGUAUGUUACACUCCGUUGAGGAAAGCACCGGUCCUGAUUGAUCUUAGUGUUGGAACUGAAAUGUGUUAAAUGCUUUGCCUUCUUGAAAUAACACUGAUUUUGCAUCAUCUUCUUAGUGUUUAAGCCAGAACUUUUAAACUUGAUAAACAUAGCUGAGUUAUCCAUGCCACAUGUAGGUAGUACAACAUAAAAAAACCUGUCAGAGCAGUGAAGUUACAUGUAAAUAUGUGCUAUAACCUAAUUACUUCCAUCUGAGCCAGGAUAUGCAGGCCAAAUAGUAGAUAAUUUCCUUGUAACUUCACUUUACCCUUGUGGCUUCUUGGUUCCCCCUAUUAAUGUGGCUUUUUUCCCUAACAGAUGUGGCUUAGGUGAAUAUUUAAUCUACAAGUCAUGGUACUAUACAAGAGGCUGUCAUGUCACAUACAAUCUCAUGUCAUUUUGAAGUUAUGUAAGAAAUUAUAAAAACCUUAAUUAACAGUCACUACUCUGAGAUGAGGUGUCAUGUUAGGCAUUCUGUUUGUGUAAUAUAUUGAUUACCUUAAGUGCCAUUUGGAUGCAUUUUCAAAAAUAUGUUUAAAAUAAAAAACCAUUAUGAUGAGGGCUGAAUUUUUUCUUUCUUCUUUGGCUAAAAGGACACUGGUCAGUUUGUUGUUUGUUUCUGAUUAUUUUUUGUCCUGUCUUUCAUGGUGGUGUCCUAAUCACAUCUCUUUAAUAGGAUCUGUUCCUGGUUUUUCAGUUUUUCCAGUCAAGGCCAGAAAUUUGUGCCUUUAUUUCUAAAUUGAAAAUCUGCAAGGAAGGAAAACAAAGUUUUAAAAAAAAUAUUUUUAACACUGCGUAAGAGAGCGCAUGCUUGUAUAUGUUUCGGUAUUGUGUUCCUUUCAGCUCAGAAUCCUGAUUGAGAACAGAGGCUUUUUCUCUACAGAACAGAAGUUUUUACGUUUGGCUUAAGCUACUCUUCUUUGAACCCUCUUAUUUCUAAAAGUGCAUGAACUGUCAAAGUUCUACCCUGUUCCAAGGGAGAUGUGUUUAAAGAUUAAAUGCUGCUAUUCAACAAAUAAUUUAAAAAUACAAGUCUUUGUGUGGCUAAAAGUAAAAAACCACAUGCUUUCAUUUCCACAUUGUACCACUUAAUUUUUGAGAAAAUUUGUCUUUUUUGAUUCUUUGCUUUCAUUACACUUUUCUUCUCUUAGGUAGAAUAUGAUUAGUAAUUUAGUUGAUUUUCAAGCUUCUUGAAAUAGGACAGAGGUUAGCUGAAUGUCAGUUAAGCAGAUUCUGACUAGCAUAUCUGUCUGUAAUACUACCAAGUUACUGCCCCUUACACAGUCUGUAACAUGAAAUGUGCUGUUCUGUUUUUUUUUUAAAAAAAAAAAGCAGUGGAACUCUUUAUUUAUGUUUGAGUGUCAGUAUCCUGUGUGCUGGUGGUUUUUUUCAUUACCACUCCAUGUUGUCACAGGUGCCAUUUUUGUAUGUUCUCUGAAAAUAUUUUUACAUAUGGUAUAAUACAAUGAUGUGCUUUUUAUUUCUGACAUAGAAAAUGCUGGGUUUUUUCUUUUUCCAGAGCAUUCUGCUUUUAAAUUGCAACAAUCACAUAAAGAGUUGGAAGCAAAAUAAUCUUGUGAAUGAGCUGUUAGUGUUUUAUCUUCAGUCCCAUUUAUGAGUUCUUAGAAUUUGCAACUUGUACUGUAAUGCACAGGGGUAAUUGUGUAUUACAGACUUUGAUCAUUGUUUUAUUUAGUUUUAUUCAGGGGGAAAUGCUCAAGGUGUUCAUCAGUGUCACUAUUAAACUAUACAUGGUAACAAACGUAAAAUAAAAUGCUGCAUAAUCUUCAGUGUAAAAUUUCUUUGUAUGGAGUUUGAUAAAUGUAAAACGUCCUGUAUUUUUUUUAAUGUGUUAUAUUCUAAAACUGGUUGCCAGGAUGGUAAGAACGGGAAGUUUCAUGUCUCUGUGUGCACUUCCCACAAUUUUCAGCGUGUGUAGUGGACUGGAGUUUUUGGAUAUUAAAGCUUUCUGUAAGGUUUGA